GCGCGGCCUCGUCCUACUGCCGACGAGGACAUUGACCCGUUUUAAAGUGUGGACUGUUAAAAUAAUUGUGGUUAGUUUUGGUGCAUUAAACUCGCACCAUGCCCGGUGUGGUUGAGAUUCCGACGUUGGAGGAAUUAAACGUCAAAGAGGUGAAUGUAUCGUCUGCUGUACUGAAGGCGGCUGCUCAUCACUUUGGCUCUCAAUGUGACAAGCCCAGCAAAGAGUUCAUGUUGUGCCGGUGGGAAGAGAAGGACCCUAGAAAGUGUUUGGAAGAAGGGAGGAAAGUCAAUGAGUGUGCUGUCAACUUCUUCAGGCAGAUAAAGGGAAACUGCGCUGAGUCCUUCACAGAUUAUUGGACCUGUCUGGAUUACUCUAACAUGGGUGAGCUGCGCCGCUGCCGUAAACAGCAGCAUGAGUUUGAUAACUGUGUGCUGGACAAACUGGGAUGGAAGAGACCUGAGCUUGGAGAACUGUCUAAAGUGACCAAGGUGCAAACCGCUCGACCCUUGCCUGAAAAUCCCUACCAUUCUAGACCAAGACCCGAGCCCAACACUCCAAUUGAGGCUGAACUACAACCGGCUAAGCAUGGCAGCCGCUUGUUCUUCUGGAACUGGUAAAAAGAGUCUACCACUGUCCUAUAAAUAGCAUGUUCUUCAUCUACAUGCUCCUGAUGGGACGUAAGACAGUGUGCCAAUGGUUGCGCUGUUAUCCUAAUGUGUUGUGUAGAAAUGUUUAUAAAUUUUGUUCUUCAAUUAAAAAGAUUUAAUUUAAA